ACGCAGGCCUUUGGGGAUUGAUCUCAUGAAAAUUUUCAAUUUUUUUCAAACUAGGACUGAAUGCUUCUCUUCAUUUUAUGUAAUUUUUUAAUCCAGUUCAGACCAGACUACGAACACAGCCCUUUCCGCGCAGCAAACAUACCCUAAUUUCUCAAGCCUGAAUGCAAUUCUCAGAAGAAACCACGAAUAGGUAACGAGUAAAUUGGCAGUAGAAAGAAAUUGCAAUUGGAAGAAAGUGAGAAGGGAUGUCGACGGUGUAUGUGCUAGAGCCACCGACGAAGGGUAAGGUGAUAGUGAACACGUCGUACGGUCCGCUAGACAUCGAGCUUUGGCCCAAAGAGGCACCCAAGGCUGUUAGGAACUUCGUGCAGCUAUGCCUCGAAGCGUAUUUCGACGGUACCAUCUUCCACCGCGUCAUCAAGGGUUUCCUCAUUCAGGGAGGCGAUCCCACCGGCACUGGGACAGGCGGGGAAAGUAUAUAUGGAGGUGUGUUUCCGGAUGAGUUCCAUUCUCGUUUAAGGUUUAACCAUAGAGGCAUAGUUGCAAUGGCAAACGCUGGGUCAUCUCAUUCAAAUGGCAGUCAGUUCUUCAUAACUCUAGAUAAAUGUGAAGGGCUUGAUCGAAAGCAUACCAUUUUUGGGAAGGUGACUGGGGACUCAAUUUUUAAUCUUAUGAGAAUAGGUGAGGUUGAUACCGAUAAGAAUGAUUGGCCAUUGGAUCCUGCCCCUAAAAUAUGUUCUGUUGAGGUUUUAUGGAACCCUUUUGAAGAUAUCAUUCCUAGAGCUCUGGUAAAGACUUUGAUUCAGCCUGUAGCUGAUGCUGAAGUAAAAGAUUCAAAGAAGAAAGCUGUGAAAAAGCUGAACUUACUUUCAUUUGGGGAAGAGGCUGAAGAAGAGGAGAAGGAGCUUGCAGCUGUGAAGCAAAAAAUCAAAAGCAGUCAUGAUGUGCUGGAUGAUCCUCGUCUCUUGAAGUCAGAAUUUUCGAGUAAAGAACUGAACUCCUCUGAAGAUAAGACAAAAAGGGAUGUCCAAUUAUCUAUUAGACAAGCUCUAAGUUCUAAGAAUGAAGGAGCAAACAAAGAUGUGGAAACUACAUCUUUUGAUCAUAGUAAUGAUGAUGACGACGAUGAUAUUGAUGAGGCCAAUUUUGAUGCAAGAAUGCGGCGGCAAGUACUUAAUAAACGGAAGGAAUUGGGAGAUCUACAAUCUAGAAGAAAGCUAAAUAAGGGGACAUCUGAUUCAAAAGGCAAAGAAAUUUCUGCUUCUGGCAGGUCAAAUACUGAAGGCAUUGAUGAUGACCAACCAAGGGUGGAAAAGCUGUCAUUAAAGAAAAAGGGAAUUGGCUCAGAAGCAAGAGCCGAACGCGUGGCAAAUGCAGAUACAGAUUUACAGCUUUUUAGUGAAACUGAACGAAGGAGGUUAUUGCGAAAGCAAAAGAAGCGCAGACUUCAAGGACGUGAAGAUGAAAUCUUAGCAAAACUCGAGAGGUUUAAGCAAUCCUUUUCUGGGAAACCAGUUUCAUCAAAUAGCGAAUCUGAUGGCAACAACGAAGAUUCAUUGGACUGGAAAGCAGUUAAAUUGAAGUUUGCUCCUGAGCGUGGCAGGGACCAAAUGUCUCGCAAGGAUGACGCGAAUGACUAUGUUGUGCAUGAUCCUCUUUUAGAAAAGGGGAAAGAGAAAUUCAAUCGUAUGCAAGCCAGACAGAAGCGAAGAGAACGAGAAUGGGCUGGGAAAUCUCUUACUUGAACCCCCCACUGCCAUUAUUUGCAUGAGGUUUGUGAAUAUUAUUUGUGGGGAUGAAGCUGAUGAGUUUGUUCAAAUGCUGUUUGACAGAGUUAAUUCAAUCAUGAGGACCAAAUAGUGCAAAACAUGUGUCUGAUAGACAUGUUUGUUCAUUUUGCGUGGAAAAAGCUUUAUCCUGGAAUGGGAUGCAAUCCAGUUAUAGACAUGGAUCUCACUGUUCUCGCAGGUCCUUUCUGUUUUGUUAUAAGUUAGCCGUGGUACUCAUAUGUUACAUGUCUGAUAUGUUGACUGGGUCAAGAGUUAAAGAACAUUGAAGUCGUCAAAGUUGGACCCUCUUCGUGGGACACAAGUCAGAAAACGUUAUUCAUGGAAAAAAAAACUUUGGUUUGGCCAACCCCAGAAAGAGAAGUUCCAAUGUUUGAUCUCAUUAGACCACAGAAAUGCCGUUCAUUUACUAGACUCUAAGAAUCAAUAACAUGAUGUUUUCAUGGUUAUCUUGAUAUGACUCGCGCAUGAACAAAUCAUUGAAAUGGGUAUGAUUUUAUGUUGUUCGUAGUUUUGAUUCUUGAGAGCUUUGUUGGUUUAAAUCCAAAACUUGUGCAGAAGGUUCCGAUA